AGCCCAAGCUUUCCUCCUUCCUCUAUAGGCGGUGCCCCCACCCUGUGGCUCUCGCUAACGUGCCCGCGGAGUUUUGUCCUGUGCGAGGUCCCGUCCCUGCAGGCCCGGGGGACGCGUCAGUCGGGCAGGGAGCGGUCGGGUCCGGUCCGGUCGGGUCGGAGGGAGCGGAGCCGGCGGCGGCCGGGGGCAGUCGGGGGCAGUCGGAAGGGGACGAAUGGCGGCGGCGGCGGCAGGAACGACGACGGCAGCGGCGGCCUACGCUAGCCUGAAGCUGCACAUAACACCAGAGAAGUUCUAUGUGGAAGCUUGUGAUGAUGGAGCAGAUGAUGUGCUUGCUAUUGAUAGAGUCUCCACAGAAGUCACUCUUACAGUUAAGAAAGAUAUUCCCCCUUCAGCUGUUACACGGCCUAUAUAUGGUAUUUUGGGAACAAUCCGAUUGGUGGCAGGCACAUAUCUUAUUGUAAUAACAAAAAAGAAAAAAGUAGGUGAAAUUUUCAGUCAUGCAAUCUGGAAAGCAACAGACUUUGACAUCCUCUCCUACAAGAAAACCAUGCUGCACUUAACUGAUAUACAGUUGCAGGACAAUAAAGUAUUUUUAUCAAUGCUUAGUCAUGUCUUGAGUGUGGAUGGAUUUUAUUUCUCAACAACGUAUGAUCUAACACAUACUCUGCAACGAUUAGCCAACACCAGCCCAGAGUUCCAGGAAAUGAGCCUGCUAGAGAGGGCAGAUCCACGGUUUGUAUGGAAUGGACAUCUUCUUAGAGAAUUUGCUGCUCAGCCAGAGAUCCAUAGGUUUGCUACCCCUGUGAUGCAUGGAUUUAUCACUAUGCAUUCUUGUUCUAUUAAUGGCAAGUGUUUUGAGUGGCUGCUUGUUUCCAGAAGAAGCUGUUUCAGGGCUGGUGUACGCUACUAUGUAAGAGGUAUUGAUUCAGAAGGACAUGCUGCCAACUUUGUUGAAACAGAACAAGUUGUACAUUACAGGGGGAGCAAAGCUUCAUUUGUUCAGACCCGUGGAUCAAUUCCUUUUUUCUGGUCUCAAAGACCAAACCUCAAGUACAAACCAAAGCCACAGAUCAGCAAGUCAGUAAAUCAUAUGGAUGGCUUCCAAAGACAUUUUGACUCUCAAAUAAUAAGCUAUGGAAAGCAGAUGAUUGUCAACUUGGUUAACCAAAAAGGUUCAGAGAAGCCUCUUGAGCAAACAUUUGCAAAAAUGGUAAACAGCAUGGCAAAUGGAAUGGUCAGAUACAUAGCAUUUGACUUCCAUAAAGAGUGCAGUCAUAUGAGGUGGGAUCGACUUCAGAUCUUGAUGGAUCAACUAGCAGAACAGCAAGAUGAAUUUAGUUAUUUUCUAGUUGAUACCGACGGUAAAAUUGUGACUCAGCAGGAAGGAAUAUUCCGCAGUAACUGCAUGGACUGCCUGGAUAGGACUAAUGUGAUCCAGAGCUUGUUAGCACGCCGGUCCCUUCAAGCCCAGCUUCAGAGGCUAGGUGUUCUGCAUGUUGGACAGAGAAUUGAAGAGCAAGCAGACUUUGAGAAAAUCUACAAAAAUGCAUGGGCUGAUAAUGCUAACGCUUGUGCCAAACAAUAUGCUGGAACUGGUGCCUUAAAGACAGAUUACACAAGAACUGGGAAGAGAACUCAGUGGGGCUUAAUAAUGGAUGGAUGGAACUCAUUAAUACGCUACUACAAAAAUAACUUUUCUGAUGGAUUUAGACAAGAUGCGAUUGAUCUCUUUCUUGGAAACUAUUCAGUGGAUGAAGUAGAACCUGCUAGUCCUCUACAUGUCAAGAAAGAUUGGAAGUUCUUAGCUUUGCCUAUUAUUAUGGUGGUUGCUUUCUCCAUGUGCAUUAUUUGUUUGCUAAUGGCUGGUGAGACAUGGACUGAGACACUGGCCUAUGUGCUUUUCUGGGGCAGUGCAAGCUUUGGAACUUUUGCUAUCAUCCUCUACAAUGGCAAGGAUUUUGUAGAUGCACCCAAGCUGGUCCAGAAAGAGAAGAUGGACUGAAUUUGUGUGUGUGGAAAGCGGCUUGGUACUGAGGAUUCCUCAAGCCACACUUGGAGUCUUUACUGACCUGUUUUCCACACCAAAUUGUGGUCUUUUUAACAUUCUUUCUUGGCAGUGGUGGGAGGUGGGGUGGUGGAAAUUAUGUCCUUUAGUGGUGGUAGCUUUCCAUGAGAUCUGACUCUGCAGUCUUAGGUACAAUGGUCUUUGGAAUAUUGCAUUAGUGAAGGGGGCUCCAGUCUUACUGAGGUAUUGCAAAGAUGAAAACCAGCUUUUUUGGUGCCUGGAAUGAUUUAGGGUGUAAGUGUACUGCUUGACCUCAUAGACCACCUGGGCUGUUUCAGCUGAAUUUCUAGUUCCUGGCUUGACAGCAGAGAGCUCUGAUGCUGUUCAUAUGUCAAAAAAAACAACCAAAAAGAAAAUAAUCACCCAGAUGCUGAAGCUUCUGAUUGUGGUCUCUGAACAAACAUGGCUUCAUACCAAUAAAAAGUCUUGUUCCAAGACUUACAGCUGGAUUAUAUUUGUUGUGAUAAAGUCUAUACUAUGGAGUCCUUUGUGCAUAUUUGUGUGUGGAUUCUUCUCACUAAAUAGAAAAGAUUUCUGAAUUGUAAUGCUUCUAAAAAUGAGAUUUUUGUCCUGUCUUGUUCAUCUAGGACUGAUGCAAUAUUCUAUUAAUCAUUGUUUGGGUGAAAGGACAGUGUAAUUGGAUGUUCCUGAAAUUGCUAAUGUCUUGCACUGUUUCUGUACUACAGUCUCCAGAGGAUGAUUCAUUAGUUAGCGAGUUAAAAUACAGACUUUUCUUUCUAAAGAUGUAAAUGAAAUCAAAGAAUGUAAAAAUCCUUUGCAGUGUUCAUUGAACCUUCUUUAUGCUAAAGGUCCAAAGUACUCCAUUUCUUUAAGAAUGGGUCACAGUGUAAAAGAUGAACUUCAUAAUGUUCUGUUAGUCAGCUGCUUCUAUUCUUGGUUACUUUAAAAUAAAUUAUUAAAGAAAUAACAAAAACCUGAGGAGAGAGUGUUUAGCCUAAACUCCAUGUUUGCACUUGGGAGCAGCAGCUUGCUUUUCAUGCAUGAUACUGUAACACACUCAAAAAAAAAAAGCUACAGAGUAAUUUGUGCUGGCUAAUAAAUGUGUGUCUUUAACUUUAGUGCUUCCAUGCUGUAUAAAAGUAAGUAAUCCUAAUCAAGGACCAAUUUUAAGCUAUUUUGUCACUUAUUUUAUAUGGUUUGUUCAAAACCAGACAUGAAACUUGCUUAAGGCGCUGUGCAUUGUUUAAUAUUUCCUGUAAGUACAGCUGUAUAUUCAGAUUGCAACUAUAAAAUUCACAAGGGGGGGAAGAAACAUGUAGAAUACUGGGGACUAGCACAGCUGUCACUAUUGAAGCUAGAACACAGAGCACUGAUACUCCAGUGUUUCCUUGUGUUAUGACUGAAAAUAUGUACAGAUUUUUUUUUUUUUUUCAACUGUUAACUGUUCAUUUUAACCUUGAAUGUUUCUGGAGGCCUCUCUGGGUUUUGUGUAAACAUAACCUGUUCAUAUGCUCUAGUAUUUGCAGAGAAUCUGUUAGCUUCUAGAUGCUGUAUUGGAAAUACCAGUUGGUUGGUCACUGGAAAAUCCUCUCACUUAAGCUUUUCAAAGGUGAACUCUUACCUAUUAUGGGCACCAAGUACAAAAAGGUCAUAGGCUCAGCAUUUGGAAGUGAUGGGCUUUGGCUCACUGGCAGAUGGCUUGGGAAACUCUUUCUGGUUGCCUUGCAUUUUAGAACGGAAUAGUUACAUCUUUGGAGAACACCUUGCUGAGGCAAAGACCAGAAGUGAACUGCUGAUGUACAAAGUGUGUGAGUCAAAGUAAGGAGGUUUUUGAAGAUGGACGGCACCUGUAUUUCAGUGCUUUGCACAGAGUCUGUAUUUCUAAAACCACAAAUGGUGUGUUCAUAAACAACAAUAAAAUGUUCAGCUUUUAUA